GUUGCUGAAAACUCCUCGACAGCCCACGACCUGUUUCGCCCUUGUUGAGGCUCAUCAGGUAGGCGCAGUCCCCGAGUUUUCGUCAACCUUAUGUUUGCAAAUAAGUCGACUGAAACUUGAGGCGGCUUGGAGUAACACAUUUAGUUGCCUGGAAACAUCCGAACCCAGAGAUUCAGCUGGGUUCCAAGUGAAUCUGUCGAUAAACCAAAUUAGUUUGGAAGCAACUGAAUGUGCUGCACCAGGCCACCUCAUGUUUCAGUCGCUACGAUAUUCGAAAUACCGCGAUACAUGUAUAUCUUUGUA